AUGCUCUUGUGGCACGCAUUGGUUAUGUUCGAAAUGGCCACGAUGCUGGUGCCUGUCGUCGGGGCCGUUGCCCUUCUGCUGGUGAGCUUGGUGUUGCAGAGUAAGAGAAAGUCCACGAUUGCCAAAUACCCCGAACCCUCGAUCAUCCCUUUCAGUAGCGAGGAAAUCAUCCGGAACCCCCAUGAAUGCUUUAUGCAUGGAUUUAGACAUUAUGGACAAGUGUUUCGGUAUUAUUGCAACGGAAGCUUCCGAUACAUGGUCUCCAAGGAGCUGACCGAACGAGUCUUGACGGAGGAUACAACCUUCAGCUUUGAACUGGGUGUUGCAAAAGCCUUGAAAAUAAACCUCGUCCACUGCUUCCGCGGUGGCACUUUUUACUCAGACAUUGAUGCCCUCGUCACAGAGGUCACAGCCAAGCGUCUAAAAUCAAUCAUUCCCAAGAUAUCCCCUAUCUUCCAACGCAACGCCGCAGAGCUGGUUCGGAUGCAUGGCAAUGAGCCCUUUGAUCCGAUUCCGUAUCUGCAAAAAACAGUCGCCGAGGCCGUCGCUAUUAUCAUCUUCGGAAAUGAGAUCGCCCGGACUUGUAACCCGGAUCUCAUCGUUGAUAUCGCUGAGGGGAUGGCCAAGGCGACGGGCAUGUUCCAGAAUCAGUCACGCUGGGGAGGAAAGUUUCCGACUUUGUAUUCUUUUUAUAAACUCUCUGGAUCACGUAGGACCGAGCUCAUUCUCAUCCAUCUGAUCUGGCGAUUCGGUAGGGAAAUAGGUCCGACGGUAUGGGCUGCGCUGUCGAAGUCAUCCAACAGUCCCAGAGACAGCAAAGAUGCAGAUGAUAUAAAUUCUACCGUCCUCGCUGUCCUCGCCCGCAAACUCGCCUCCAAAACUGGCCACCUCUCCAUCCCGUCCAAGCUCUGGGCCAUCGUCUUAUCCUGGGUGUUCAUAUUUGCAUCGGUGCAUCAAACCGUAGUGAUAAUGACCUACGUCGUCUUUGAACUUGCCCGCCACCCAGAAUGUCAGGAAUCCAUCGUCCUCGCCAACCUUUCGCCCUCCUCGCCCUUGACGAUCGACUCUCUUCGCGAUGCCAUCCACACCGAGUCCUUCAUCCGUGAGGUGCUUCGCAUGAAAGGCGAAGCUAUCACCACCGUGCGCAGCCCGCGCCAUGAUAUAGAGCUCGCAGGGUAUUUUAUUCCAAAGGGAUCCCUUCUCCAUCCCAUGGUCUACCCCUCCAACCGAUCCCCCGAAUACACGACCAACCCAGAUACAUUUGACGGCAUGCGCUGGACACAAAGCCGUAAGUUGGCGACGACGACCGGGCCAGGACAUUUGUCUUUCGGACUGGGUCGGUGGGCUUGCCCGGGGAGGUUUUUGGCUGUUGCGGGUGAGUUCUCUCUCUCUCUCUCUGAAUUACGGACUACGGAUAAUGCCACCAAACUCACACAAAACCCAUACUUAGAAAUCAAACUCGUCAUCUUGACUCUUUUGGCGCAGGCGGACCUCGAACUGGUCGAUGGGGAGUUUGCAUUAGCGGAUAAGUUGAAUAUCGUGGGGACGCCGCCACGGGGGAGAGUGGUGAUGAAGAGAAGAAUCAGAACAGGAACAAGAACAAGCGAAGUGGGCAUGGACUGA